UAAAUUAUCUGAAAAAAAAAAUUCAUUUUUCUGCUGUCCUCUAGCUGGUGAGCAGUUUAACAAUGGAAACAAUUCUUUCUUCUCACUCCAUUCAUCCAAUCUUGAAUCCCAAACCAUCCAUUUCCAAGAACCUUUUGUUACCUUCACAUCAACCAAGAUCAACCUCUCUUUUUCUCUCAAAACCCAUUGCUUGUACCCUCAAGAAACACACUUUCCAGUCAGUAAAACCAUGUUUGGCAGAACCCAGAGAUUGGUUUGUUCAUGCACAGCAGGGACUUGCAGCUCUAGCUAUUUCAUUGGCACUCAAUUUUUCUCCCGUUCUGCUCACUGGCAAUGCAAUGGCGUCGGAGUUUGAUGUGAUAAACGAGGGGCCACCAAAGGAAUCUUAUGUUGUGGAUGAUGCUAAUGUGCUUAGUCGGGUGACGAAAUCUGAUUUGAAGCGGCUUUUGUCUGAUUUGGAGUCGAGGAAGAAUUUUCACAUUAAUUUUGUUACUGUUAGAAAGCUCACUAGCAAAGCUGAUGCUUUUGAGUAUGCUGACCAAGUUCUGGAGAAAUGGUAUCCUACAGUUGAAGAGGGUAGCAAUAAAGGGAUCGUUGUGCUUGUGACGAGCCAAAAAGAAGGGGCGGUCACCGGUGGACCUUCAUUCAUCGAAGCUGUCGGAGAAAAUAUUCUCGACGCUACCGUAACUGAGAACCUUCCUGUUUUGGCUACGGAAGAGAAGUACAAUGAAGCAGUUUACAGCAGUGCCAAAAGGCUUGUUGCUGCUAUAGAUGGACUUCCAGAUCCCGGUGGCCCCACGUUUAAGGACAACAAGCGGGAGUCGAAUUUUAAGUCCAGGGAAGAGACCGAAGAGAAACGAGGGCAGUUCAGUCUCGUAGUUGGAGGUUUGUUGGUGAUUGCUUUUGUUGUUCCCAUGGCACAAUACUAUGCCUAUGUCUCCAAGAAAUAAAAGCUAAUCUGUAUUAAUAAGAUUUGUCUUUCCACUCCCUUCCCUUACAUGAAUAAACAUGUAUAACGUGUAGUUAUACACCUACGCAUGUUAAAUA